AGUUGAACCCAUCAAGGCAUCCCGAUCUUUUUAUCAUCUUCUCCCUUUUCGCCUCUCUUAUUCUCAAUCAGAGGAAAGAACCAAAGCUCCGUCUCUCUCUCCGGCGAUUCCUUCCGAUCUGAUCCGGUUGUGAGAUUCUUUAGGGUUUCGUGAAAGAUGCCGGCCACCGCGGGAAGAGUUCGCAUGCCUGCGAACAACCGUGUUCACAGCAGCGCGGCGCUGCAGACUCACGGCAUAUGGCAGAGCGCGAUCGGGUACGAUCCCUACGCGCCGACGGCCAAAGAAGAGCCGAAGACGACUCAGCAGAAGUCUGAUGACCCUGAGAACUCUUACGCCAGCUUCCAGGGUCUUUUGGCUCUAGCGCGCAUCACUGGGUCGAAUAAUGACGAGGCUCGUGGGUCUUGUAAGAAGUGUGGGCGUGUGGGGCACUUGACGUAUCAGUGUAGGAACUUUUUGAGCACGAAGGAGGAUAGGGAGAAGGACGGUGGGGAGAUUGAAGCUGCUGUUGUGGCGGGGUUGGAGAAGGUUAGGAGGUGUGUGGGGAGAGGUGAGGUUGAGGAGGAGGAGAGUAGUGAGGAAGAGGAGGAGAGUGAGAGUGAGGAUUCUGAUGUUGAUUCUGAGAUUGAGAAGAUUAUUGCUGAGAGGUAUGGGAAGAAAAAGAAGGGGAGUGGCGGUAGUAGUAGUGUUAAGAAGAAGAAGAAGAAGCGGGAUGAGUCUGAGUCUGAGUCUGAUUCUGGAGAUAGGAAGAGGAGGAGGAGGUCGAAGAAGCGGAGGACGCAUAAGAGGAGGAGUGUGAGUGAGUCUGAGGAGGAGGAGGAAGAUGGUAGGAGUAAGAGAAGGAAGGAGAGGAGAGGGAGAAAGAGAGAUGAUGAUUAUUCUGAUGAGUCUUCUGAUGAAGAUCGGAGAAGUGUUAAGAGAAAGAGUAGGAAGGAGAAGAGGAGAAGGAGGAGCAGGCGUAACCGUUCUGAUGAUUCUGAUUCAUCUGAGGAUGAUGCAAGUGGUAGAAGGCAGAAGCGUAGGAACAAAGUGGCAGCUUCUUCUGACUCUGAUGUCUCAGGUGAUGAUGAAGAUUCACGCGUUGGGAGGGGUUCUUCUAAGAGGUAUGAGAAGAAGAGCAGGAAACGCCAUCACAGGAAGGAUUGAAGUCUAUCAGGUUCUGCCAUUUGAUGUCUCCGUUACAACUCUCUAUCAAUCUUUGUAACAAUAAUGAAACCUGCCUAUGGGAUUUGAUUUGUGUUUGGCUUUUGUGGUCUCUUUGUUUCAAGCAUGUAUGGUUGAGAUACUGUUGUGUUGUUAAUUCACUCUUGUGAUGUUUUGUUUCUAAAGUUGCGAUCUCUUAAGUUAUUA